AUCGUGUCGACACCGGCCUUCCGACAGUGUUUGUGAGUCUGAAGACUCCAGCACUCCCACACACAGCAACAGGGCUCCGCAAGCCCAACGGCUCUUGGUAGUUGGACAGCGGGCAGCACCAUGCGGCACGCUGUUCUCGCUGUGCUGCUGGCUUCGGCCUAUCUUGCAGCAGGCCAGGAGGGCCUUGUGCAGACUGACACGUUCAAGUGCGACCCUCUAAAGUGCGAGCCGCCCACGUGCCGCUGCCCCGCCUACACCCCGCCCGGCGACCUGCCCCUGGAGGAGGUGCCCCAGUUCGUGAUGAUCUCCCACGACAACGCCCUGGACAGCCUGCCCUACGAGGCCAUGCAGGGCGUGCUGGGCAAGAAGCAGCAGGCCAACGGCUGCCCCGUGCCCGUCACCUGGUUCGCCAUGUUCUACCACUCCGGGCUGGCACGCGGCGACCAAGUGGCCAUGCAGACCAACCGCUUCAACCCCACCGACCCCUUCACCGCCACCGACCCCGCGCCCAAGUACGACAGCCGCGACCCCAAGACGGGCGAGCCCAGCGCCCUGAGCAAGGAGGGCUACCUGUACGACACCUCCCUGGUGGAGCGCUACUACCCCAACUCCCCCACCUCCCCCUCCGUCUCCCAGGUCCUGUGGCCCUACACCAUGGAUGCGGGCAUCCCGCAGGAGUGCAACUUCCUGGGCGAGGAGGUGGGCAAGUGCGCCCCCGGCGAGAACUACCACGGGCUGUGGGAGGUGCCGCUGUACCAGGCGCAGAUCGGCGGCGAGCUGUAUGGCGUGGGAAACUAUGCCAGCAAGGAGGCGCUGAUGCCGCCCAUCCCCACCGACAUGGAGUCCUUCCUCAAGGACCUGCUGGACGAGCGGCUGGCCAACAGCAAGGCUCCCCUGUCCAUCUCCACCAUCUACGGCUGGCUGGUGGACGAGAGCAAGAACGUGGACCCCACCUGCAACGACGCCGGCUGCGAGCACCCGCCCAACGACAACGCCAAGGCGCUGUCCGCCUUCAUCGACUACGCGCUGAAGAAGCCCGACGUGCGCUUCGUCACCUACUCGGACCUCAUCCGUUGGAUGCAGCACCCCGUGCCCCUGAGCCAGUUUGAUGAGUGGGUGCAGUGCAAGGUGCCCGGCAUCAAGGCGGACCUCACCGCCGUCAACCUGACCGACGCGGAGAAGGCCAACUCCUUCUACAUGCUGGAAAGCGCGGAGCCGGUGGCGGUGGAGGUGCCCGCCCCCGCGCCCGUGCCCGCCCCCGCGCUUGCGGUGGAGGCCCCCGCCCCCGCCGUGGUGGUGGAGACCCCCGCCCCCGUGGUGGCCCCCGUGGUCACCAAGCCCGUGGUGGCGGCGCCUGCCCCCGCCCCAACCACCGCGCCCGGCAACGGCGCCUCUGCCCUGAGCACGGCGGUGGCCGCCGCCGCCGCGAUGCUGGGCGCGCUGCUGCUGGCGCUCUGAGGCGACGGCUGGGCCGACGCCCCGCUCCCAACACCACGCUGACUUUCUAGGCAACACUACUAGGCUACACAGUCUCACUGGACUGACCCUCUCGUACCUCCUCCUCACCCCCAGGCAGGCAGGCCCUGAAGCCGGGCUAGGUGCUAGUGCUGGCCAACCAAAACCCCUUGUAUGCAGUCGCAGUCGGCGAUCUGCUUGCUGUGUAUCUAUUGUAUGUGCCGUUACUUCGCUCUUCUUGCUGCCAGGCACACAGUCUUACCAGCUCUGAUGUAAGACGUAUUUGCUGUCC